AUGAGAGCUGCAGCCAUCUCCAUGCCAAAGCUGGACAAAAUGCCAGAAAUGUUCUUCUCUGCUAGCCCAAAGAAUUUGAAAGGACCUAGCCAUUCACUUCUAGACGACAAAACGCAAAAAAAGAAGCCAAAGACUUUUGGAAUGGAUGUGAAAGCAUACCUGAGAUCAAUGAUCCCACAUCUGGAGUCUGGAAUGAAAUCAUCCAAGUCCAAAGACAUACUUUCUGCUGAGGAAGUAAUACAGUGGUCUCAAUCUCUGGAAAAACUUCUUGCUAACCAGACUGGUCAAAACGUCUUUGGAAAUUUUCUAAAGUCUGAGUUCAGUGAUGAGAACAUUGAAUUUUGGUUGGCUUGUGAAGACUAUAAGAAAACAGAGUCUCACCUUUUGCAUAGAAAAGCAGAGAAUAUAUACAAAACAUUUGUGCAUUCAGAUGCUGUGAAACAAAUCAAUAUUGACUUUCAUACUCGAGAAUCUACAGCCAAGAAAAUUAAAGCACCCACUCCCACAUCCUUUGAUGAAGCACAAAAAGUCAUCUACACACUUAUGGAAAAGGAUUCUUAUCCCAGGUUCCUGAAAUCAAAUAUUUACUUAAAUCUUCUAAAUGACCUUCAGGCUAAUAGCUUAAAGUGACUGGGUCCUGGCUGACAGGAAUUAAAAAAAUGAUAGCAAGGACAGAAGGAAUAUGCCAGAGAGACCGGCCUGCUUUGGUGGCUCCGGAGGCCCAGUGGAGGGACAGAUGACUCAGAACGGAGUAACACGGAAGGUUUCCAGAGGCAGAGACUUGAGGAAGCAUCAGCAAGAAGAACAAGGAGAGACAAAUGGAAGGAGCUACUGUGGCACUGCCAUGAAAUACAGUGGGACUCUCUUAGAACACCUCUCAGAACUGGGAAGAUCAGCUGACUUUGGCAAUGCAGAAACUGUGAAUAACUUGUAUGAGCCUGAUUACAAUAUGCUAUAGGCAUCAAGGCAGCAGACACAUAUGCUACGUGCUGUUGUGUAGAUUGAACUCUUGCGAUCUCCUUUCUGGGGAUGCUCAGUCCAAAACUAUGUAUUGAAAAUAACAGAUGCUAUUACUGACAUGAAGAAUUUUGUUAUUUGUUUAUUUAAUUGUAUUUGGUGUGAAGUUGAAAAAGAGA